AUGGAAGGCAACCCUGUCGACGGUCGGACAUGCAAUAUCAUCUACGAGGAUGACGACCCGCACUCCGAAUUGCGUCUCAUCCUUGACGAGGAGGGCAAUGUCGUGGACAUGUAUAUGGGCGACCCAGAGGCUGGCUUGUGGACAAGAGAGGCGGUCAAAAGCUCCAGUUCUGAUGCUGUGACUGUUGAUCCCAUCACCGUCACUGUCACGACGGGUGUUGCCGCGAGCAGCGAGUCUCGGCCCACUGUGAUAUUCCCUGCCAGUACCGUUGGCCAGCAGACGGAAUCGGGAAGCGUGGUGACACCGGCGCCGUAUGUUUACGGUCUUUGA